AUGGAAUCCUUCGCGACCAUCCGCCGUCGCACGACCGACCUCCUCCAGUCCAUCCCCCAAAACCUACCCGCUGUUCCUUCCAUCCCUGCUCGAAUCCCCAAACAGAAGAAUUCGUCCGCAAUGAAAGGCACAUGGGAGAAGAUCGACGCCCCUCCUUUGCCUCGCACCUCGCACUCCAUAAACAUUGUCAACGGCUCUGCCUACAUUUUCGGGGGCGAACCGCAGCCCGGCCGUGCUGCAGACAACGACAUGCAUGUCAUUACUUUGCCCUACAACAGCGCCGGUGCCGAUUACUACACUAUUAAAGCCGUUCCCCCCAAGGUGUACGUGCCGCCUUCCGAGCCCGAUGCUGGACCCGAAUCCGUGUCCGAGUCCCAAGCCGGUCUCUCCUCCGAACCCACCACCGCAACUGAGGUGCCUCAGGAUACCCCAGAAACGGGUAGGAGUGGCAGCAGAGAGGGGGCCCUUGAUGAUGUGCCUCUGGCCUCCCCCACCACCGGUGCCGACCCCAACUUCACCGACGAUGAUGAUGAAGAGGACACACAAGCUACUCCGACGACUACGAGCCCCUCUCAGAAGGGUAAACAACCGGAAGAGCCUCCCCCGCCUACUUCGACCCUUCCCCCGCUUCCUGCCCCGCGCGCCGGUCACGCCACCGCUACCCUAGGUCACCGCAUCUUUGUCUUCGGUGGCCGUGACCCCACCACGUCGCAGCCGCUCAACGAGUAUGGUCGUGUCUGGGUCUUCGACACCCGCACCCGCGCCUGGUCCUUCCUUGAUCCCGUCCCUCCCGCCCCGGGCGUCACCCUGUCUCCUACCCCGGCUCCACGCUACGGUCACGCCGCCGCCGCCACCGACCGUCCGCGCAAUUUCGGAAACCGCGACAGCUCCCGGAAACCCAAGACCUGGAUGGAGUGGGCCCAAGGAGAUUCGGCCGAGGUCGGCAUCCCACAGGCCCCCAUCGUCGGGAACGUGGCUUCACGCGCCACCGAUGAGGAGGACGAAGGUUACGGCACUGUCUUCAUCCACGGCGGCGUCGUCUUCCCCACCUCCGCUACCGCCCCCGCUGAGCCCUUCACCGAUGCCGACGGCAAGCACGCCAACGACCUCUGGGCCUUCGACGUCCACACCCGCGUCUGGACCGCGCUCCCCGCCGCCCCGGGUCCCGGUCGAGCCGGCGCCUCCAUCUGCAUCAGCAAGAGCCGCCUCUUCCGAUUCGGCGGCUCCACCGGAUCCGCCUCGCUCGGCGGCCAGCUCGACUUCGUCCACCUCGAGGUCGAGACCUUCGCCGACGGCGUCUCGCGCGGCGAGGUCAGCGUGCGUACCCGCGGCGGCUGGCAGAGCAUCGUCUCCGGUGCCGACGUCCCCGCCGGCGACGCCCCGGCCGAAGGGCCCGAGAUCCCCCUCACCGCCGACCAGGCGUGGCCGGACCCGCGGGCCUUUGCCGGCCUCGAGGUCGUCACAUCUGGCGCUGGUCGGGAGUUCCUCCUCUUGGUGGGCGGCGAGUUGGAGGCGGAGGCGACCGCUUCUUCGGGAACCAAGUGCGCCUCCGACGUCUGGGUCUUCCAGGUACCGCCGCUGGGCAUGACCAUCUCGAGCGUCAGGGACGCGAUGCUCCAGGUCUUCGGGAAGCCGACGGGCGAUGGCCGGUGGUACAGGCUCGAGAUGAGGCCGUAUGACGAGGAUGACCAGAAGAGCCAGGGCGGUCCGGCACCGCGCGGCUGGGUCGCCACCGCGCCCAUGGGCGAGCUGGAAGAAACGGGCAUAGUGGUCUGGGGUGGUCGGGGUGAGACUGGCAGGCCGCUACCGGAUGGGUGGAUUUUGAGGCUCGACUGA